CUUGAUUUGAAACUCCUCACCGGAAGUUGCGGCGUGCUGCGCGGGCUUGACGUCCGUGCGGUAAAGUUGAGUGUGGCAAGUCAAACAAGUGGUGCUGGAAGGAAAGUGGAGGCGUCCUACACGUUUAACGUAACGUCUCUUUCAGUUGAUAAACUACUUUCCUCCAAGCAUCCGGGGACUGGAAGGAGGCGAAACAUGGCGGCUCUCUCAGCCUGGUUCUGGAACGAGAGGUUCUGGCUGCCGCACAACGUAACCUGGGCGGACCUAGCGGAUCCCGCUCCCGGGGUGGAGUAUCCCAAAGCUGGACACUUGUUGGCUGCUUUACCGCUGGCUCUGGGGAUGUUCGUUGUCAGGUUAAUCUUCGAAAGGUUUAUUGCCAGUGCCUGCGCCCGAGGUCUCCACAUCCAGGCGGGUGUUGGAAGGAGAGCUCAGCCCAAUGCGGUGUUGGAGAAGGUGUUUACCUCCAUCACAAAGAAUCCAGACUCGCGCCAUCUGGAUGGCCUGUCUAAGCAGCUGGACUGGGAGGUACGAAAGGUCCAGCGUUGGUUCAGGCACCGCAGGAAUCAGGAUAAACCCAGCAUACACACAAAGUUCUGCGAGAGCAUGUGGAGGUUUUCAUUUUAUUUGGGGAUAUUUAUUUAUGGUUUCCAGUUUCUGUGGCAGUCUCCGUGGAUGUGGGACACACGGCACUGUUGGUACGGUUACCCCUACCAGGUCAUGACGCCAGGUCUUUAUCACUACUAUGUGACUGAGCUGGCCUUCUACUGGUCACUUAUGUUUUCCCAGUUCACAGACAUAAAAAGGAAGGACUUCCUCAUCAUGUUCAUCCAUCACCUAGCAACAGUGAGCCUUAUUAGCUUUUCUUACGCCAACAACAUGGCUCGGGUGGGGAGCCUUGUGCUGUUAGUCCAUGAUGCCUCUGAUUUCCUGCUUGAGGCAGCCAAGAUGGCAAACUAUGCCAAAUUCCAGCGGUUGUGUGACUUCCUCUUCAUUUUUUUCAGUGUGGUCUUCUUUAUCACACGCCUUGUUAUAUUUCCAAUAUGGGUCCUGAACUCUACCAUGUUUGAGAGCUGGGCCAUUGUUGGGCCGUAUCCAUCCUGGUGGCUCUUCAAUAUCCUGCUGCUUCUCCUCCAAGUGCUGCACAUCUUCUGGUCUUACCUCAUAUCCCGUAUAGCUUUCAAUGCCAUAAUGCGAGGGAAGGUGUGUAAUGAUAUCCGUAGCGACAUCGAGAGUAGCUCGGAGGAAGACACUGACACCCCCACAGAAGGCCUAAAGGCCUCGAGUCACACCCCCAAGGGAGAAAACGGCACCAAUGGCCACUGUGCUGCAGCCAAAGCCCGAAUGCAGAACCACUGCAGCUGGUGAUGAGCAGCUAAGAGCGCCCCCUGCAGCUCAUCCCUUAAGAGCCUCGUCUGCCUGACCUGCGAGGCUCACUACGACACCAACAUAUAUAAACACUGACAGCGAGCGUACACAGAUUCGCAAUGGAUGUGCUGACACUGACAGCUGUAGUCGUGUAAAGACGCGGAAAUCGAAUCACACGUGAUUUGAUGCAUCGCCUUAUUUCACCAGGCAGUGGGAUUAAUGAGUUUUACUGCAGAGAUUGGUAGGUUUAAAUGUUCUCUGAGUUUUAUUGGUCAGAUGAACUUAUUUUUGUCUUGAAGGAUUUAUUCACAACAGUUUGCACAGAGCAAACAUGCCACAACAGGCAUCACUCACACUAAGAUGAAAAUGUGCUACAGCUGGACUUUUAUCACCUAUAAAAAGCAGAACACCUGCUGCAUGAGUAGCAGUACGUUUGCAAUCCUGCAAAAUGCUGUGAAUUAACUCUUCAACCACAUUGUUUGGCUACUUUGUGACUUGUUUUACUGUUUUUACUAAUUCCUACCUGACCAAAUGUGUGUGAAAUUGUCACUGCCUUUAGAAUCCAGGUAUGAGGACCAUGAAAAGGAUCUGUUUGUUCUCACGAGUGCUUUGUAUUUUUUAAAUAUAUUCUGUUGUUUGAA